CAAAAGUCGGACUGAUGAUAAGAUGAGCAGUUUUGGUGGUGACGUUCCAAACUUUUGAACUUCAUUAAUUUUACAAGUUUUGUCUAAAGAUUUGGUUAUAAGAUGACCAUUCAGUUUUAUUAUGACAUACUCUCUCAACCGUGCCGGACCCUUUACUUAUUUUUAAAGUUAAAUAAUCUUUCAUUUAAUAAACAUGUCAUUAAUUUGGCCAAGGGACAUCAUAGAACUGAAGAAUUCAAAAAAAUUAAUCCAAUAAGUUUAGUUCCUUUCAUAGAAGAAAAUGGUGUAAUUUUAAGGGAAAGUGUUGGAAUUAUGAGAUACUUGUGCCGAGAAAAAAAUAUACCUGAUCAUUGGUAUCCAAAGGAUCACAAGUCUCAAGCUAAAAUUGAUGAGUUUAUUGAAUGGCAUCAUAUUGGCUUGCGAUUUCCUCUUACAAUGUUUUUCCGUGUUUGUCAUCUAGAACCGCUGUUAACUGGAAAAGAACCACUAAAAAGUGAUGUAGAAUGGAGUAUAAGUGGAAUGAAGAUUAGCUGCAAUGUGAUGGAAAAUUUCUGGCUCAGUAAUGACCGCAAGUUUCUCUUUGGGGAUCAUUUGACUAUAGCUGAUCUUCUUGCAGCUAUGGAAAUAGAACAACCUAGAAUGUGCGGCUAUGAUCCAAGAAAUGGACGACCAAAGUUGACAGCAUAUAUGAACAAUAUCCGGGCUGAAACUAAUCCAUAUUACGAUGAAGCUUGCGAAUUACUGAAUUCCAUCAGUGCUAAGAAGCUUUCAAAGCAAGAAAUCAAAUCAAAUUUAUGAUGAAUGAUUUUCAAUAGUUAUAUCUUAAAUGUAAUUUUUAACUAGAAAGAGAUUAAUGUAAUUUAUCAAUUAGUACUUUUAAAAUAGGAUUAAAAUCAAAUUUUGAUCAAAGGAAAUGCAGAUUCU